CUUCGAGCACGAAGUCGUCUGCAUGACCUCAGCAGAUCCAAGCUUGAUCACGACGCCAUGAGACAGACGAGUGUCAAUUCGUGACUGCGACUGAAGAGCGUCGAGAGGUCGAGGCGUUCAUCGUCCCUUGUUCUGAUUCACUAUCAGGCAAAUGAGCAUGAGAUCCAUCUUCGAUCUGCAAUUCAGGCCCUCUGUCAUCAGUCCAAGCCUGUCAUUCGCCCAGCCCUUCUCUUUCCAAAUCUCUCUGCAAUCGUGAAUCUGCCUUCAGAAUCGCCAGCCUUACACCUCUCGCUAUACGCUCCAGGCAUGGACCUCGCAGAGGAACUGCCUAUCCACUCCUCCUCCCCGCCACCAAUCUCCAGCUCAAAGGGAGGAGCAGCCCAGCGAGAACAUGUCGACAAGAGCGCGCCGAAACUCUGGACAGGCGUUGGCGAUCACUGGCGCACCAUUGUCAGACUAUUGCUUCUCAUCGGUCUGACUUACCAAUUGCAAUGGAGACUCAUGUCCCGCCCACUUUGUGCCGGACCUCUGAAGUCCGGUGGCGAGCUAUAAGGUGGCU